AGGAAUGAAACAGGAUCCGUCUCCGCUGUGCGACCAUGUUUGGACCUGCUGAUGUGAAGCUGUGCGGCACCGCCCUCCUGCUGGUCCUGGGCGUGCUCGCCAACGCCUUCAACCUCGGCGUCAUGCUGGUGCAGCAGUGGAGGUCCGGAGGUGUGAAGACGCUGGUCGUCAUCAUCUGCUUCAUCUCUCUGGGUAACGUCCUGCUGCAGAUUUCCACUUUCAUCCUCGUGGCGUCAAUCUGGGCCGGCGUGCUCUGCGGCCCGGUCUUACCUUUCCUCUUCUGCGUGGUCGUGGUCGUUUGGCUCAGCAGCAGCUCGGUCAGCUUCUGGUCUGUCGCCUGGCUGAGCGUCUUCUACUGCGUGAGAGUUCUGAGCUUCUCCUCGGCUCUCUUCAGGGCUCUGAAGGAGAACGUCUCCACCGUCCUGAACGCCGCCCUGUGUGUGACCCUGCUGACCUCCUGCCUCAUGUUCACACCUUUCUUCUUCCUCCACUUCCAAAGCCAAACUCUGUUUUCAAACGUGACAGAAAAAGCUGCUUGUGUCCUCAGGAAGCCUCUGUUUCCUGCCUGGGUUGACGUAAACAUCUAUGUGGUCGUCUUCCUCUUCUACCUCACCCUGAUGCCGCUGACCGUCAUGCUCCCGACGUCACUGCGGCUCGUCGUCUUCCUCUGCCGACACACCGUGCAGAGGAGCAGCUCUCGCUCUGCAGAGUCCUACCUGCUUGUCUGCAGGCUGACCGUGGCUCUGGUCUGGGUUUACCUCGCCACGCUGCUCACCAUCUCGCUCUUCUACCUCCACGCCAUCUUUGCGUCAGGGCUGAGCGCUGACAUGCUCUUCCUCGGCUUGUCGUUUUACUGCGUGGCCUCCGCCAUCCUCCUCACCUGCUCCAACAAAAACCUGAGAGAGAAGCUCAGAGUCCUGAUGUGCAGGAGGAACAACGCAGACAUCCUGACUGAGAGCGCUGCGGAUAAGAGCGGAGGAACAGCCAAAGUUUGAGAUCAUUAUAACAACAGAUAUUCAGCUUCAUGUGCAUCUACUGUCACAUUCAGUUAGGAGAUCUUCUAACACUAAAAUCUUGUGAAUGUUAACGAUGAUAACUUGUGUUAGCUUGCUCACCGCCAUGUUGUUCAGUGUCAGGGUGAAAUUAUCUAUUGUAAUGUACUUUAUCAUCAAACAUGACAAGUCAAACAAAUCUUUCUAAACAGAUUUCUGCAUGUGAAUGAAUAUUAUAUAUACAGAGGCCGGCAAAGAUCUCUCAGAUUUCUUAGUUGUCCUCAUUUAAUGUUUAAAAAAGUGUUUUUCUUAUUUAAAGGAGCAGUAUGUAACUCUGACCCCUAGUGUUUAAAAUGGGUACUGCAGUCUAAAUUCUAAACCUCAUAGAGAGCUGUCUCCCCCCCCCCUCCUCUCUAGAGUCCAUGCUCACUCAGGUCACCAUGUGGUGGACUCUGAAGCUUCAGUGUUUAUCCAGCUCUGCAUGGGUCUGUAAACCUUUCUGUGUUCUAACCUCUCUCCAUUUUUCAAAAAGCAUCUCCAAUAUUGAUCCUAGUUUGAGCACGUUUCUGCUCGUGGAGCUUAUUAGAAACAUGCAGAGGCUUUUUAGGUCGGGUACAAUCACUUCUAUCUGAACCACUUCUCUCGCCCGCUUCCAUCGCUGCAACACCUGUUGACCUGAUAACUGCUCUCAUAUCUGACAAACUGAGGGGUGUCCAAAACGGCCAUGUGGGGGCGUGUCUUAAAAGCGCCUACCUUCUCUGGUCCAAACAAAUCCAGAGCAUUCAGGAGCAGAAUCUAAAGUUAGAAGGAGGACAUACUGGCUGCUGCAUUGUUGUCAGAGAAGCCAGCACU